AAGCAGUCAAGUUAAAGCUACAAAGUAUGUCCGUUUGAGUCUCAAUUGUUUAUCUGAGAUACAAACGCUGCCGCAUUCUAUUUCUCACCUUCAUCUCGCUAUCAUCAACAACUAUCCUGUGGACCUAUCAACACUGAAAUCGCAAUUGAAGCUCCCGUCCUGCCCAGGCCAGUGCCCGACAGGGCACACGACAAUCAAGCACAAUGGCAGACAACGCCCCAAUCCAGGAGGAGACUCUGAAAAGAUCUUUAGAUUCCGACAUAAAGCCAGAAUAUCCGCCGCAAACUAUCCUUCCAGAAGACUCAGCUGUUACCAAAAUCGAGAAAGCCGAAAGGAAUGGUUCAAUCAAACAGGAAGCAUCAGAAGAACCAGCAGCCAAACGAGUCAAAAUUGAGCAGCCUGAAACUGAGCUGAAUGGGCAGAGCAAGCAACUUACUGAUUCGAGGGACAAAGUUAGAGGUGUGGCGUUGGUAAAGCCCGAAUACCUCAUUGAUACCUACAAAAGAGGAGGCGAGCCAGCAAAUGCAGCGGAAGAUGAUGACGCUGCAGAAGGCCGACUCCGAGCUGAUGAUCGAGACAACAAUGAAGCUGGUGGCAAGAAGAACAAGAAGAAUAAAAAAAAGAAGGAGAAGGGCCAAAAUAAAGGCCGUGAAUUUGGAUCAUGGUACGAUGCUAUCAGACUUUGUAGUUCGCGAGCGACAUCAGACGAAUUCUCCCCCAAGAAUUGCGAUUUCGGGGACACAUGCAGAUGCAGCCACGAUCUUCGAACAUAUCUAAAGGAUGGGAAGCGGGAAGACCUGACAACCUUCGAAGGAAAGUGUCCGGUAUGGGAGGUCUACGGUGUUUGUCAUGCAGGAUGGAAAUGCAGAUUCGUUGGGAGCCACUCAAAAGAAAUUGAGAGAGAAGAUGGUCGAAAGGAAUUGGUCUUGACAUACCGUGAUGGGGCUGACACAACGGGGAUCGAGGGUGAGGAUCGUAAGGGAGUUUACAAUGUUGUUGGCACGAAGGACAAGUUGGAUCUUGCACGGAGACGAUUCCCGACAAACAAGUCCGAAGAAUACACCAAAUGGUUAGACGAGGACCAGCGAGAAAUGGAGAAAAUUUAUCACAAGAAGAAGCAAGAGGAUGAAGGCGAAGCUCGGGAAGAGAAUCGGGCACAGUUUAAGGAUCCGCCACUUCUGCCCUCCGAAAAGAGACGAAUCUACUUUGGUCCAGAAACUCCUGUUUUGGCACCUCUGACAACGCAAGGAAACUUGCCAUUCCGAAGAAUGUGUGUUGAGUUUGGAGCACAGCUCACUUACUCUGAGAUGGCUAUGUCGACUCCCUUGAUCCAAGGUCAGAAAUCUGAAUGGGCUUUGAUGAAAGCUCACGAGAGCGAGAUAUCUCCACCUCGGUAUACUCCUACUUCAAUUGUUCAAGGGUAUGAUAACUCCAAGGACCUGAAAUUCGCUACACAAAUAUCAGCAAGCAAACCUUGGCAAGCUAUUAAAGCAGCUGAAAUCAUGGCGAAGCUUCUCCCAAAUAUCCGGCUGAUGGACCUUAAUUGUGGAUGUCCAAUUGAGAUGGUCUAUCAAUCUGGUGCUGGUUCAGGGUUGCUUGACGCCCCUUCAAAGCUGGAGAAGAUGAUUCGAGGCAUGAAUACUGUUUCUGCAGACAUUCCUGUCACAGCAAAGAUCAGAAUGGGCACUAAGACUGAGAAGCCUACUGCAACCAAAGUUAUUGAGCGACUGGCCUUUGGCGGGUUCGAGUCCAGAGAACGACUUGGGGCGCCAGGAUGCGCGGCAAUCACUCUUCAUGGUCGAUCUAGGCAGCAAAGAUAUACAAAGAACGCUGACUGGACAUAUAUCGCGGAGUGUGGAGCUUUGAUCGAGUCUUACAACAAGAAGAAAGCUCAAUUGACCGAUACAAUCCAAGAACCAGAUGCGCGGACUCAAGCUAACACAAAGGAUGGGAGGAUGUUCUUCAUUGGAAAUGGUGACUGCUAUUCACAUGUUGACUAUCUGGAUCAUAUCCAGAACGCACGAGUUGACUCAGUCAUGGUGGCAAGAGGAGCAUUGAUAAAGCCCUGGAUCUUCGAGGAGAUUGAACAAGGACAAUACCUUGACAAGACCGCAUCCCAAAGGCUUGGCUAUGUUGAGAAGUUCGUAAAGUUCGGGCUUGAGGCAUGGGGAUCUGACGAGGUUGGCGUUGGUCAGACCCGACGAUUCUUAUUGGAGUGGUUAAGCUUUGCACACCGAUAUGUUCCCGUUGGAAUUCUCGCUCAUCUUCCCCCAAGUCUGCAGGAUAGACCUCCUGCGUACAGAGGCAGAGAUGAUAUGGAGACUCUACUUGCUAGUGAUAACUAUUUGGAUUGGAUAAAGAUCAGGUAUGUGUUGGCGAUCUCUAUUCGUUUAUUUUUGCUUACUUGUUCAGUGAAAUGUAUCUUGGUCCUGCUCAUAAGGAUUUCAAGUUCCAGCCCAAGCACAAGUCGAAUAGCUAUGAGAUUGAGGCAGAGGGUUAGAUACGGGAACUCAUACCAUGCCUUAGCAUUUGCAUACAUUCUUCUCGGCUGCAUAAGACAGAGUCAAUGUAGAAAGACAUACCUAGUAAACGGUGCAUCUGGGGAAAGGAAUGACCUAGAGUAAACAGCCGUUUGCUCGAUGAAAAACAGACAUUAUGAAUGCACAAUACCAUCUUCCUCUUGACUUUUCGUCUUCGAUAACAUUGUGC